GACAUGUGAGGCUAACAAAGCGCGGAUGCUUUUGCUUUCAGCGGUAAUUUACAGGACUUGAAAAACAGAAAAAUUCGAAGUGCACUUGCUUAAAAGUCAAGCAGCAUAUACAGUCCCUGUCGCUUUAAAAAACCCAGACAAAACGCCCAUAUGAUCCCUGAGCUCCAAUCACCAGUUCCUUCUGCAAAGGCAGUCUCUGCAUUUUUGUCUUUCUGAAUGCUAACAUGGCGAAAAAAGACUGAUAUGAAGAAAUAAAAAAAAGCUGAAGAAAUGUGAAAACAGAGAAUUAAACACUUUCAUGGCGAACAAAAGUCCGAUACGAAAGGAGGGGAAUCGGGACUCCUUUGCCCCAGAAAAUCUUGGAUCAAAAUGGAUGCACGGGGAGUUCUUGCUGCAGAGCCGCAACUUCGACUGAGAAGCAGAUGGGUUUGUCACAGCACCGUUCAGGCCACGCCCUUGUGGGAAUCGAAAUUCCUCAAAAUUCACCUGUGAUUCCUGCUCCUAUCACGACGUGUAAAGGAAGAGUUCAGCAUGGCCACUGUGCGAAAGUUGCUGGUUCCCUCCCCUGGAAAUAGAGAAGCUGAUAGUGGAAAAGACGACUGACUACCCUUCCACGGAGUUCUCACUGGUGGAAGAUGUUGCUCUCCACUUCACUUGUUUGAUGGACAGACUGAAUGAGCAACGCCUUUUUCAGCCCAACCUCUGUGAUGUAGACAUAGUACUGGUGCGCCAUAAGAACACGUUUCCAGCCCACAAGGGCGUGCUGGCGGCCUAUAGCCAGUUUUUCCACUCUCUCUUCGCCCAAAACAAGCAGCUCCAGCGGGUGGACCUGUCACUGGAGGCCCUCACCUCGCAGGGCUUGCAGCAGAUCCUCAACUUCAUCUACACCUCCAAGCUGCUGGUCAACGCCUGCAACGUGCAGGACGUGCUAAACGCAGCCGCCGUGCUCCAGAUGAGCGACAUCGCCAGCUCCUGCCAAGAGCUCAUCAGCAGCCACUCGCUCAGCCUGGACCUGGCCAUGGCCAAGCAGGAUGGGUGUGGUAACCCCGCCUCCUGCCAGUUCUACCGGGAGAUCAAGCAGGAGACGGACCCGGCCCACGCCAAGAUCUACGGCCGGGAGGGCAUCAGCUCCUACUCCAUGCGCGUGGAAGACGGCUCAGGAAAGUCGCACCAUACCAGCAUGCAGGCCAAACAGUUCUUCAAGAAGGAGGAGGGUGAUGGAGGCGGGGCUGGGCCCGGUGGGCGGGGCAUGUGCAAGAUGGAAGGCAGCGUGGAGGAAAUAGAAGACUCAGACAGCCACGCCUCCUUUAACCGGGAGCAGAUCAUCGUGGAGGUGAACCUCAACAACCAGACCCUGAAUGUAUCUAAAGGCACAGAGGGGAAGCCGUCCUCCGCUGAUACCACUGCCGUGUUGGCCCAUUCUGAGGAACAGGACACUGAGGAAGAAGAGGAGGAUGAAGAAGAUGAGGAAGAAGAAGACAAUGAGGAGGAUGACGAAGAUGCAGAUGUGGGAGAAGAGGAAGAGGAGGAGGAUCAGAGAGAUGAUGACAGCAGUGAGGAGGGUGAAGAGGAAGGGGAUGAGGAGAGGGGGGCCAACCAUGCUGUUCCAGAGGCAAAAGAACGAGCAGCGAGGCCCCGUCGGGGCACCAGGGUCUCCAUGGAUGCCAUGGCAACCAUCUCCACCAGGCAGACCCUGAGCGCCUCCACGAGGGCCAGCAAGGGCCGUGGGCGCAAAAGGAAGAAGGACCCAGAAAGCCUCGGCCAGAAGGUGAAGCUGGAGGAGAAACCACACUUUCCGUGCGAGAAGUGCCCGCGCAUUUUCAACAACCGCUGGUACCUGGAGAAGCACAUGAACGUCACACACAACCGCAUGCAAAUCUGUGACAAGUGUGGCAAGCGCUUCCUCCUGGAGAGCGAACUCCUGUUGCACCACCAGACUGACUGUGAGAAGGCCAUACAGUGUGUUACCUGUGGCAAAGGCUUCAAGAAGCUUUGGUCUCUCCAUGAACAUAACAAGAUAGUCCAUGGCUAUGCCGAGAAGAAGUUUUCUUGCGAGAUCUGUGAGAAAAAGUUCUACACUAUGGCUCACGUUAGGAAGCAUAUGGUCGCCCACACCAAGGACAUGCCGUUCACGUGCGAGACGUGCGGGAAGUCCUUCAAGCGCAGCAUGUCCCUGAAGGUGCACUCCCUCCAGCAUUCCGGGGAGAAGCCCUUCAAGUGCGAGAACUGCAGUGAGAGGUUCCAGUACAAGUAUCAACUUCGCUCACACAUGAGCAUCCACAUUGGGCACAAGCAGUUCAUGUGCCAGUGGUGUGGAAAGGACUUCAACAUGAAGCAGUACUUUGACGAGCACAUGAAGACACACACUGGAGAGAAGCCAUACAUUUGCGAAAUCUGUGGGAAGAGCUUCACCAGUCGGCCAAACAUGAAGCGCCACCGCCGAACCCACACGGGCGAGAAGCCCUACCCGUGUGACGUCUGCGGCCAGCGCUUCCGCUUCUCCAACAUGCUCAAGGCCCACAAGGAGAAGUGCUUUCGGGUCAGCAACCCCAUGAUCCCAGAGGUCAACCCGCUGGGCCUCGACCCCGCCUCCCCAGCCGGCGACACGACAGCCAAUCAGGCGGCGGUGGGUGCAGCAGCGUUGGGUGAGAGCAUGUCCAGUGCCCACUCCCACCACGCUGCCCUCACUCUCCCCCUGUUCCACUCGAUGGGAGGCCUUCCUCCACCCCCCCAGCUUCCUCCUCCCCCUCCCCUUUUCCCAGCAGCAAGGAUAAACUCCAACAACAAUUAAUAAUUAAUGUCUGCUUUUUAUCGUUUGUUUUUUGCAGACUCAAAAUUUGGACACUCUGUUCCUUUCCAGGGGAGCUAAGACGCUCACUAUCCUCACAGAGGGUUGACAUUCACUUCACUCAUGAGAAUAGCCCCACAGUAUGAAACUACUGCUCAUACAUAGCUAUCUUUUUAUUCUACUUGCCAAUAUUUCAGAGGAUUAUGAAGACAUAUACCAAGCAUAUUUGGAUAGUUUUCCUUUAGAAAUGCUAACUCCCUCUGUCUGCAUAAAAAGCCUGGAAAAGGUAUGAUAGCAGUCCUUUUACAUUUUAUAUUUUGUCCUUGUUUUUGUAUCUCUUGACUGGAUAUCCAUAAUCUACAGGAAAGUGCAACAAAAGCAGUUCGCUCUCUUUCAAAUUUGUAUGUUACUAUCUGCUUGCCUCUUCCAUACUACACCUAUUGUACAGUAAUUGUGGAAAAGGGAUUGACCAUGUUGGUCACUUCUCUGAAUACUGGAGCAUCAUUACAAAUACAGUGCCUCCUGGGGAACGUCAUGAGAAUUCUUUGUGAGUCUCAUGGACAGAAUUGUCAUGGACUAUUGGAGUGAGGUCCAUUAAGGUGCAAGAGUGUCCACAGGGAACUUAAGCCUACUCCCAACUUUUAUAACAUCGUCUCUUUCUCCUAAUGUCCCUGAGAAAUAUAAUUGGGGUUUGUGUGGUUGUGGGAAUGCUAUUGCAUAGCAGUCAUGAAAUGGCCACAGUGGGUUUAUGCGGCGUAGUGAAAGGCCAAGCAUGUUCUGAACUUUGUGGCUGGUGGAGCCACAGGGAUUCCCCAAGCAAGUGCUAAUGGUGGUUUUCUGAACAACUUAGCAACCGUGAUAGGACACAAGGUGUCUAUUUUCAUUUUUCUAGUUCACUGAAAUGUAGCAACAUCAUUCUGUUUUUGUGUUUUAUUGUUUUGCUUCGGUUCUUUUAAAUGAUCCAGCGAUAACCAAAUGCUAAUUUUUCUUAUAAUACAUUUGUAUUGCAUUGCAAUAACGAAAUCCAUAAGCUCACUUGCUAGGUCAUUGUUAUACAGCCUUUUGUGUAUUUGCUGAAGCUUUCAGACCCACCUAGUGAUAUUCACGAUGUGCUCUAAUUGUAUCUUUCUUUUUAGUGAGGUUCUUGUGUAAUAUUAGGCAUGUGAUGCCGCUUUAAAGGCUUUUGAAAAGUUAAGUUGAGAACACUGUGCAACACCCAGAUAACCAAGAGAGAGGAAAUGCAAGGUUCCAUUUAGCAAAAAAGGUGUAAGAGAUCUAAAGAACACAGAUUCAUACGACCUCCUGGUCAAUAACUAUUACAAUCAUUCAACCAAACCCUUUGGGCCUCAAGGCUUAGGGGCUAACACAAAGUGCAUUGAGUGUACUUAUGUCCAGCCGGUUGGAUUAUUUGCUUAUGUUAAGCAGUUUAGUUGUUUUUGCUCUGUUUUGUAGUAACACGACACUUUCUGAUUUGUUUUUUUCUGCCCUCUUAAAUGGCUCUCUAUGGAAUAUCCUUGUUUUGUAUUGAAGCCAUUCCCUUGCCAUUCAGAUUCACUGGAUCCAUAAUAUAUGGAGGGCGAGUUAUCACUUCUCCUCAUUUUAACAGUUUUGGAUCAUAUUAAAUCCCAUCUUAACUGGACUAAAUUCACAUUAAAAUUCACAUUAAAAAUUACUAAAUUAAUUAAUGAAUAUCACAAACCACAUUCCCAAUCAUAUGUCAGGAUGCUAUUUGAGAAUCCAGAAUGAGGAACAGAUUUUCUGAGAAUCUUUUCCAUAGAGUAUGAAAGAAACAGUAUCCCAUUUGUUUCUGACUAAACAAAAGGUCAGAUAAACAAAAUUCCUGCACUUUUUAAAGAGAUUCCCUUUUUCAGAGGAAGAUGAUAAUCUGCCCUUACUGUUCACUAUAAGUUUUAAACUUAAAGGCAGCAAAAUAAUUCAACAAUUUUGCUACCCCUGAUGAAAUAGCAAGAUAACUUGAUUUGUAUGGUCCAGCAUAGUUCCUAACGGAGCAAAAUAUAUAUAUUUUGAAUGGAAGAUAUUGUUGUGACCUGUAUUAUGAAUAUAUUAUAUUCUGAAGACCUUCAGGCAAACUAAGACUGAUAGGAAUUGCAGUUGAUUGGUUACCUGAACAUGACUUUUAGAGUAGUGUGUAAUUUGUCUUGUUUCUUCCAAAUGUUAACCAAAGUGACAACAUUAGAAAACCAGAUUUAACUACAUGAACUACAGGGGAGUGGAACAGACCUGUGGAACAAAUUUUUGUUUUGUAUAUUUGUUUUUUUUUUCAAAUAUUUCUGGCUUCAUCAACUGCAGCAUAAGUUCUUAAUAUACGUUUGAUUCCCUUGAAUAUGGCAAUGCAGAAAACAUGGCAUCAGAGAAAGGCCAUAUGAACUUGGGUAUGACUGUCUUAUAAUACUGGUCACUGUAUUCUACAGAAAACAAACACCAUUCAAGCUGUGAGAAAUGUAUCAUUGUUCUAUAUCUCCCAUGUUGAGGUCAAGCACUAUAAAUAUUUUGAGUGUUGGGGGAAGAGUGCAAUCUCAUUGUUACUUUUGGCUAGAUGUGCACUUGUGUGAUAACCAUAAUUUUAUUGUUCAAAUGCAUUUUUAUAAUGUAAAAAAAAAUCAAAAUUGUUUUAAUCUGCUGCAGCUGGAUCACUAUAGGUUUCAUGAGAGGUCACUGUUGGAAUACUUUAAAGUCUUACUUAUUUGAGGAUGUGACAAAAACAAACUGUAUUGCAGUAUUGGUAUCAGUCAUAGAUAUAGAAAUACCGUAUGAAAAUUAAUACAAAGUUUAUUCCUAGCCCACUUUCGUAUGAGAUCAUAAUCUGUUGUUUACAAUCUCUUUGAAUGAAAAUGUUUUACUUUGUGUGUUGGCAGGUAUUAAUGAAAGAUGUGGAAAGUUGUGAAGAUUUGUAAUAAGCUGUAAUAUGUUCUAGUAAGUUUUCAAAUUGCUUAAGCACCUUAUAAUAGUAAUAAUGAUGUAACUGUAUAACAAGAAACCCAACUGUGUUUGUAAAAUGUGAUAACAAUCGCAAAGCUGAGGCAGCAGUAACCUGGUUGUGAAUUGAAACCAAAAGAUUUACUAUAGGUACUUUUUUAUUUUUUAAUUCUUGUUUGUAUUUACAUUGGCCUGUACCUUUAAGUGUUGCAUUCCCUGAUUGGCUGCAGUGCAUGGUCCACAUUGGAAUAGGCUCGUAGCGGAGCACUGGCAGCUGUGUUUUUUAUAAACUUGUUGAAUCUACUGUCCCAUUGGCAGAUGCACAUGUCAAUCAAAAGGUGAAUAAGUGUUUGAUAGGCUCCACAAUACUCUUUUGGGAGUGGCUGCACUUUAACUCAUGAAGUGGCAUUACUGCCUUGUAGUCUUAAAGCAAAGCAUAAUGUCACUGUACUGCAUGGCAUUGCAACUAGUGAUGGUAAUGAACUGUCUGUGGAAGAACACAUUCUACUUAGGCUCAGAAUGCCCACAAUACUAUAACUACAAGAAUAAACUUUAAAUUAAAUUACUCUUAGUAAGCGGAUUAGUUGUUGCUCCUUUGUGGGAGGCCUUACCCAAGCUUUGAUUCAUGCUCUUUAUCUUUUAUUGGAAUAUGUUGAAGAACAUUGAAUCUCGAUCAAAUGGUAAAGGAUUUAGGAUUGUCAACUUUCAAGUCUGGCACUGUUAAUUAAAGCUAAAGUAAAUAAUCAUAUACAGACACAUUUAGUCCAGUUUGAGAUAUGCUGAAAUGAUCCUAAGCACUACUUUUCAUACAUUUUGUAUAAAGUCACUCAGUAUAUUUUUUUGACAUUGGAAAACGAUGUGAAAGAUAUCACAUUUCUUUUAUUGGUGACUGGCUUUAGUUUAGCAAAGGUAUCAUUGCAAAAUCGUAUGCUCCAGGGUCAUAUUUUUCAGAGAACGGUUGGCUAAUUUGAACCAUUCGUAGAUGGUGCUUCAUUAUUUGUCUUGCCUUAAGUGAUUGAAGACUAAUGGCAACGCUACAUGUUUUGAUGGUGACUGUUGUAAAAUACUAGUUACGAAUGGUAAUGCUAUUUAAAUUGUCACAGAACGAGAAGUUGGUGCCUAUGUACUUUUGCAAUCAAUUGAUAUUCCCGAAAGCUUUUCAUACUCUACAUUGUCUGCUCAUUGGAUGUUCUCACCUUGUUGAAAAGAGGAAAAGAGUUAGGUCAAAUGAUUUACAGAACCAUGAUAUCUUUCACUAAAUGUUCAUCGAAGAUAUAAAACCUACAACGAGUUUAGAAGUUUUAAUUGUGUAUGCUGUAUCUAAUAAUAAUAGUAUUAGCAUUGCUUAGCUGAGACUGCUCUGUAAUCAUUUAUGAAGCACUGUGCAGUUAAUCAAUUUGUCACAAUGUCAUGCAGCAGAGCAGCACAGAUUAAGAUGUCUGAAGGCUGAGAAUGAGGGGAAAACAUUGGAGCUAUUCCUGGACUCUAGUACAAAGGCUUCUGUUAUACUGCAGAUAUCUUGGAUUAAAACAAGACAGAAGACAAAGUAACCUGGUUAACAGGUUAUUUUCAAUCAUUCACCUAUAGAUGGUUUGGAUUAUCCAAUCAAAAACAAGUAAGAUCAGUCACGGUUCUAGUAAAACACUCGACUUGCGGUGAUUGAGCGUACAGGUAAAAGCCUUCAGACGCUAAUCAUGCUCUGCGGCAAUACUAGACUGAGGGUAAUGCAAAGAUGUUUAAGGAUUUUAGUAUUACUGUUGUCAGUCAGAUGCACUGUCAAUAAUCAUUGAAAUAAGAUGGUCAAAACACUUAUCACCACACAUGUAUAUUCCAUAUUUGAAAGACAGGUUGUCUAAGUAAAAUGUAUUCAAGUUGUAAUCUCCUGUAUGUCAAUUCAAAAGGCUCACCUUCAGCCAGGGGGAUUAUGAGAGGAGUGAGCAAGUACGGUGGUGUGUUGUGGGCCAAUUAUUGCUUAAGCUGCAGCCUGCCUGAGUAUUGGUAUUAUGAAAUACCCUCAUUGUAUUCAAGUGGCAGAGGUAUUUCAACAGUUCUGUUAAGUUUAAGGUUUUUAUUGAGGGAAAAAAGCACUUGACAUUUGCUUGUUGCACAUCAUUUUUAAAGGCAUAACAAAAGCUAGCUUUUUCUUAUUCUUAAGCACUUUGUAGACAUGGAUGGUGUUAAUUGGAGAUAAUUUGUUGAUGUCAGGUAUAGCACUGACAGUUUUGAUGUUUGAAAAGAAAUCAGUACAUGUAUAAUACUGUUAAAGUCAAAGUAAAAAAACAAAUGUUGCGUGAUAUUGGAUACAGAUUGGAUAUCAUAUUUUUGAGUGCUGUUUCAUAGCCAAGGGCCAAAUGAUGAAGGCUACAGUCAGAAGUAUUACUAUUGCUCUUGCUGAUUUGCUGACAGACACAUUGUUUCCUUUCUUCCUUAAAGAUCAAUUUGUUCGAUACAAAUUUGGCUGGCUAGAAUAAGCUAUGGGUGCCUAAAACAAACAUUUUUUACUGUGUGAACUGUUAAGUGCAGGUGUCUGCAUCCUGUGUCAUGGAGAGCUGCAGGGUCUGCUCGAUUUUGCUUUCACCUUGAAUUCAGCAACCGAUUCAGACCCAAGCGACCAAGUGAGGAGAGUUAACUGUUUACACUCACGCUCUCCAGGACCUCGAUUCCAGGCCCCUGGUUUAGUGCAUUGUGAUGUUUUUUGUUUUUUGUAUUUUUCCCCAAAGGAAAGUAGGAUUCUUACCAUGGGUUUUGCUGCUAGUGGGAUUGUUUCCCCAGAUGAUAGACUUUUGUGGCCUUCUUACCUAGACCAAAUCUAAGGGUAUAUGUAAAGGUAGACUCAGUUUGUGAGUCGGUCUAUGGAAAAGCUGAGAGUGUGUACAUAAAAGGUUAUGCAUUAGAGAAUCAUGGCUACACAGGAGAAUAUAUAUAUAUAAUAUACAUAUAUAUAUAUAUAUAUAUAUGAUUAGUAAGCCAAGGAAUUAUUUGAAUGAGGAAUUUGUGGACUGCAUUUGUUUGGUUUCAUUUGCAAAUUACUUUUUUCAUGUACAAGUCAAUCAAGUACCAAGUCUGUCAAUGAGGAACUCAUAAAUUAAAUGAAUGUUAGAAUAAUCAAAGAGGUAGUGUUAUGGGUUACUGCGCAUUAGUUGUAGGGCAGUGGGAUAGUCUUUUCGGUGUUGCAGUGUCCAAUUGGGAAAUGGAAAUAUCCGUUCAUUGCAUAGGUUUCAGUGCUACUGAAUAAUCUAAAACCCAAACAAAUCUGUAUUUUUUCCUAGGAUCAAAUGGUUUCCUGGCUAGGUUCUGAUUUAACCACCCUUCCUUCCCAGUCCAGAGAUUUAGGAAGCCAAUUCUGUGUCAAUCUUUUUCUGUAUGCUGAUUCAGUAAUUUACUAUGUAAACACAAUGUCUUAGUUUACUCCAGUGUAUAUAGAUUACAUGUAGACCGUAGCUGUUGUGGUUAUCUAAACAGAAAUGUAAAAAUAAUACAAGGACAAUUGUGUCUAGAGGUGCUAAUACUAUUAGUCUAUAUUCCAUGUCAUUUAUUGUAUUGGCUAGUGUAUAUUGUCUGUAACAGAGGAAAGAGGAAAAAAAACAAUAAUUUCCAUAUUAAAUUCUAUAGAUAUAUAUAUAUUAUUCCAA